GCUCAAGUAGUUUAGUUUAACUCUGCUUCUGCCACGGUCCGGUUGCUGGUCUGUCAAAUCCUUUUUUCUUUUUGAAGAUUUUUUGAAAAAGUGAGAAAACUACCGAGAAGAAAUCAUGGCUGGAAGAGACGCUGCCGCAAACCAACUCACGCAGUGGAGCAAGACCAACGAGUCUGAGCGUGCAGUUAAUAACCACGGCUGCCCGGUGCCAUCCUUGACCAAGUCGCAAACCGUGGGAACCAAGGGACCGAUCCUUCUCCAAGACACCAACUUGACCGAACAUUUGGCUGCUUUCGACCGUGAACGAAUUCCCGAGCGUGUCGUGCAUGCUAAAGGGGCCGGUGCGUUCGGUUAUUUUGAGGUGACCCAUGACAUCACCAAGUACACCAAGGCCGUGACCUUCUCGGCCGUGGGGAAGAAGACGGAUGUGGCGGUGCGAUUUUCCACGGUGGGUGGAGAAAGUGGAUCGGCGGACACGGCUCGAGAUCCGAGAGGAUUCGCGGUCAAGUUGUACACGGAGGAUGGAAAUUGGGACUUGGUUGGCAACAAUACGCCCAUUUUCUUCAUUCGGGACCCAAUCCUCUUCCCGUCAUUCAUCCACACGCAGAAAAGGAACCCGCAAACUCAUCUUAAGGACCCCGACAUGUUUUGGGACUUCAUUUCCCUUCGUCCUGAAACGACCCAUCAGGUCUGUUUCCUCUUUGGCGAUCGAGGCACCCCCGACGGAUAUCGGCAUAUGAACGGCUACGGCUCCCACACCUUUAAGCUCGUUAACGCGCAAGGGAAACCUACCUACGCCAAGUUCCACUUCAAGACCGAUCAAGGCAUCAAGAACUUGCCGGCGGACAAAGCUCACCAAAUUUCUGCGGACGAUCCGGACUACUCCAUCCAUGAUUUGUACAAUGCCAUUGCCGAGGGACGACACCCCUCAUGGACCGUGCACAUUCAGGUCAUGACGUACGAAGAGGCCGAGAAAUUCCGUUACAACCCAUUCGACUUAACCAAGAUUUGGCCCCAAGCCGAGUUCCCACUUCAACCCGUGGGUCGUAUGGUUCUUAACCGAAACCCGACCAAUUACUUCAGCCAAGUGGAACAACUCGCCUUCGCUCCGGCCAACAUGAUUCCGGGAAUUGAACCAUCCCCCGACAAGAUGUUGCAGGGUCGUCUCUUCUCCUACGUGGACACUCAUCGUCAUCGUCUGGGCGCAAAUUACACCCAGAUUCCGGUCAAUUGUCCAAUUCCUUCGGUGAAGCGAGCCACUUACACGAGGGACGGUCCGAUGUGCAUCUUUGCACAGGAUGGGGCACCAAACUACUUCCCCAACUCUUUCAACGGACCACACGAAUGUCCAUCCGCCAUCCAACCGACAUUCAAUCUUUCAGGUGACAUUGAACGGUACAACUCUGCUGACGAGGACAACUUUUCUCAAGUGACCACUUUCUGGAACAAAGUGCUCGGACCAGAGGAACGUAAUCGUCUGGCAUCUAACAUCGCUGGACAUUUGAAAGCUGCCACUGCAGCCGUUCGAGAACGUGCCGUGGCCAACUUUAGCCAAGUUCAUCCAGAUUUUGGAGCCUUGAUCAAGAGCAAACUGGGAUAAACUACAAUCAGAUUACAUAUUCACCAAUCCAACAGGAAGAUAUCUAUCACUUGGCCAAUUACUAUUUCUCUAUUAAUCAAUAUAAAUCAAUCAAUAUUAUUUGUUAAUGAUAAUUAAUUUAUGGUGAUGGUUGGGAGAAUUAAUUGGUUGUAGUUUCACAUUUGUUCCGCCUGCUUCUAAAAAAUGCACAACUUUUUGUUUCUUGAUUAAAGAUUACAUACAAAUCAAUAAAAGUUGGAUACAAAUUAUGUAUUUUGAGUAGUA